GCUGAUCUCCGCAGCCCAAGCAAACAGAGUUCUGUGCGACUCUCUUCAAAGCCCUCUAAGACAGCACUUACACAACGUCGCCACCAUGUCGGCCCUUGACCCAAGCGCACCCUCACAACCUACACAACAAACGGGCCUGAACCAGGCUGAGAACCCUGCCUCCAAGACCUCCACGGAAGAAGCCACCAGCAAAGACACUUCUGGAGAAAAUGACAAGAUAAUCGACCACCGCAAGGAGGGCGAUGUACCUUCACAGCACGGCGACGCCGCCGAGCCCACCGCCAUGGCCGCAGGGGAGCGUGGACCCUUGACGGAGAAGCUGAUACCCGAGUCCGACGCAGAACACUACAAUCCCAACAGCGAGCUUGACGGCGAGCAGAUGCGCAUGCCGGGCGAGGGAGAUGUCGCGAAGGCAGUUCAAGGAGAUGGUGGCGGUGGACACGCAGGAGAGGCCAGUCUUACCUCGGAUCUGGACAGACAAGGAGCCGAGCAUGAAGCGGAAUUGCACAAACGAGGGGAGCGGACGGGCAAGGAAAUCGAGGAGGAGGAGAAGGAGGACUGGACGGGGAAGAAGGCGGACGUUGCGAGUGCCUUGGGUGGUGGGCGUGAGAGUAUCGAGGAGUCGGACCGGCCAAAGGUGGUUCUUGCGCCGGAGGAAUGAAUGACCACAGGUCACAGCGUCGAAGACAAUUCUCCACGCAAUGCAGAUGCAGAUACAGAUCCAUGGUUCGGAGCAGAGCGAGGCGCACAGUGUGGGGAAUUUUGGUAUAGCCGUCAUAUUGCACAUGGCUCGAGCUUAGCUGGGUAGUAUGACUACUGGACAGGAAUCGAGCUAUCAGAGGAGAAGCUUCGCAGGUCCCCAACCAUGCACCACGUUCAUAUCUUUCCGAGAACCAAUGGAGCCUGGAAUCUGUUGAUGCGCUUCCUGUGCCGCUCGAUCACGCACCCCAAAGCCCGCAAAGCAUCAAGCAUCUACCACAUGAACU